CGUGCAGUUAAGGAAUAUGAUAAUGAUACAAGUGAAGAUCUUGACGAACAGUUGGCAUCAUACGUAUUAGAUCAUCUGAUAAUGAGAAAAGCUUAUGAAAAAGAUGUACAAACCGCUAAAGAUAGUGAUAGAUCUUUUCGAACUUUUUCUUUUGAUUUUGCUCAAAAUGUAAAGAUGCCUUAUGACCCAUAG